AGCUUCCUAGGUGACAGGUUUUUCGUGCAUGUUUCCAUUUUCUCUCAGCAGAUGUAGUAACAACAGUGUGAAGAGAAAUUCGUUGUGAAAAUGGACGAUGUUGUGAACAUAUGAUUCUGUCAGCUGAUUGGAAGACGUCAAACCAGACAACAAAGCCAUGCGCGUUAAUGUUUUGGUAAUACAGUUUCAUAUUUGAUGUGCGUGGAGUACGUUGUGUUGCUGGUGGCGUGUUAACUCUCAAAAACACAAGACUAUGCCUUUCAUAUCAAAAGAUUGGCGUUCACCAGGUGAAGAAUGGGUAAAAACAGAAGAAGGCUGGGAGAAAAAGAAGAUAUUGGAAUGUGGUCGCCAAGGGACACAGCAAGAGAAUAUGGACACGACGACGAGAUGCGGGUCUCUGGGCAGCUUCAGUACCGAGCAAAUCAGCUUCAGCGGCAGAUGGCUUGAGGAAGAAGACAAGGAGAACCUGAUGACAGACAGCCUAGCGUUACAGGAGUUCCACAGCAAGAAGUCAGGUGUUGAUGGUGCUAUACAGCCACAUUGUCACAUCACCAUCAAGUGCACACGAGAAAUUGCAGGGUUCAAUGGCUUAAGUGAUGCGCUGAAGCGCCUUGACUUCCGGAGCGCUGUUCAUGAUGUCCGCCGAUUUAACUAUAUCUGCAAACUGCUAGAUCUUCUUAUCACACAGAAGCUGACGAUGCUGUCAGGAUGUGCACAGAAAGUACUCUUCAACAUGCUGGAAGAGGUCGCUUACCAGGUGUCUGCUAGUCAACAGAACAUCCACAUGCUGAACAAAUUGUUGCACCAGUUGCGUGUAAUGACUGACUGUGCCUGCUGGGGUCGUCCAUUAGGCAGCACCCUGCUUUGGGAACAACACUUACGCACCAUCAAUCGCAUUCUGUCCAUUGCAAAUCACAUACAAAUUAGAGAGCCAGGAGAUGAUGUGUUCCCAAAGCUACAGAAUCUGCCUGAAGAGUGUGUGCGUGAGGUUCUGCUUCGCCUUGCAGAUCACAAGGAUCUUGAAAGUAGUGGGAAGGCAUACAGUGUGAUGCAGCGUCUGGUCGAUGAACAACGCAUCUGGAGGGAAUUGUGCCGUUUCCACUUCACACCACAGCAGAUUGGAUUCGUGCUACAGUCCUGCCCACCACAAACAGAUUGGCAGCGUAUCUACCAUAAGCUGCGCAAGUCAUUUGGUCUCCGUGAAGAAUAUGCAGAGAUGAUCCAGCUGUGCCGCAACUGCCGCUGCCUAUUCUGGAAAUCUAUUGGACAUCCUUGCAUUGCCGAUCAAGACCCAGAGUUUCAGGAGAAGCUGGAGGAUGUGGACAAGAGCUCACUGCAUGUGCCCAUACCACCACAAGCCUUCCUGAAGUUCUUCUCUCUGUGACAGGGCAUGCUGUAUCGUAGAUGUGUAAAGAACUGUGCCACAAGCCUGAAGGUCGCGGGUUCGAUUCCUGAUGGGGUCAUUGGAUUUUUAAUGUGCCUCAUCCUUCCAGCAUCACUAUGGCCAUUCUUAACUUCUAUAUAAAAAUAAAAAUGUAUAUGCAUCUAGCAAGAGACGUGGUUGUUAUUUCAGCUCAAAAUAAUGAACUAGAAGACCAACCAAACGCGCCAAAGGAAGAUAACUAAUGAUGAUGGACAAAGGAUGGAGGUAAAAGCAUGGCAACAGCAAAAAGCACGGGAGGAGAAUGAUCCUUUUUCUGCCACUUUUACAGAAAGACAGCCAAUGUUUUGGUUUUAUCGCAUACAGAGUAAGUGCAUAGAAUUUCCAUCGGAAAAUCUUUAGCAAGGAUUCGGGAAACAUCAAUACCUGGAAAUCAUCCCAUGGGGACCACAUGGGCGAAAAUUGCAGCGCCUA